AUGGUGGCCAAAGGAAAAGGAAUUUACUCUUUCAUAUUACUCUCGUUUCUGAUGGCUACGCCACCCCCUUCCUAUGAUUUCACAUACCAAGUGUUCCUUAGUUUCAGAGGUAUUGAUACUCGCUAUAGUUUUACUGGAAAUCUCUACAAAGCUCUUACUGACAACGGAAUACACACCUUCUUUGAUGAUGAUAGUCUUCAAGGAGGGCAUGAAAUCACACCAUCACUUGUAAAGGCUAUUGAAGACUCUAGAAUUUUUAUUCCUGUGUUUUCUAUCCACUAUGCCUCUUCAUCCUUUUGUUUGGAUGAACUUGUUCACAUCAUUCACUGCUUCAAGACAAAAAAACGUCUCAUUUUGCCUGUUUUCUAUGGUGUGGAACCUUCUCACGUGCGACAUCAGAAUGGGAGUUACGGUGAAGCACUGGCUAAGCACGAAGCCAGGUUCCAAGGUAACAAGGAUAACAUGGAGAGGUUGAAAAAAUGGAAAUUAGCUCUUAACCAAGCCGCUAAUUUGUCUGGUUACCAUUAUACUCCUGGAUACGAAUACAAGUUUAUCAAGGGGAUAGUCAAAUACAUCUCCAACAAGAUCAAUCGUGUUUCUUUACACGUUGCUGAGUACCCGGUCGGAUUACACUCGCAAGUACUGCAAGUGAAAUCGCUUUUUGAUAAUAGAUCUGAUGAUGGGGUCCUCAUGGUAGGAAUUUAUGGGCCCGGAGGCUUGGGUAAAUCAACACUUGCAAGAGCAAUUUAUAAUUUUGUUGCCGAUCAAUUUGAAGAUAUAUGUUUCAUUCAUAAUGUGAGAGAGAAUUCAAGUCAAAAUAACUUAAAACAUCUCCAGGAGGAGCUCCUUUUGAAAACAGUUGGAUUAGACAUUACGUUAGGAGAUGUUAGUGAGGGAAUUCCAAUCAUAAAGGAAAGGCUACAUAGAAAGAAAAUUCUUUUGGUUCUCGAUGACGUUGACAAACUGAAGCAACUGCAGGUUUUGGCUGGAGGACUUGAUUGGUUUGGUGCGGGUAGCAUAGUCAUCAUUACUACUCGAGACAAGCACUUAUUAACAAGUCAUGGGAUACAAAGAACAUAUGUAGUAAAAGAGUUAAAUGGGAAAGAAGGUCUUGAAUUGUUGAGGUGGAUGGCUUUCAAAAAUAACAAAGUUCAUUCAAGUUAUGAGGAUGUUUUAAACCGGGCUGUUGCUUAUGCUUCUGGCUUUCCAUUAGUUUUAGAAAUAGUGGGUUCCAAUUUGUUUGGAAAGCGCGUAGAAGAAUGGAAGUAUACAUUAGAUGGGUAUGAAAAGAUUCCCAAUAAAGAGAUCCAAAAGAUACUUAAAAUAAGCUUUGAUGCUUUGGAGGAAGAGGAACAAAGUGUCUUCCUAGAUAUUGCUUGUUGCUUUAAAGGAUGUAGUUUGACAGAGGUUGAAGAGAUACUCCAUGCUCAGUAUGGUGGCUCCAUGACACAUCGAAUUCAAGUAUUGGCAGAAAAAUCUCUCAUUAAGAUUGGUCAUUUCGAGCAGAGUUGUAUUUGUAAUGUGACAUUACAUGACUUGAUAGCGGAAAUGGGUAAAGAAAUUGUCCGACAAGAAUCACCCAAAAAACCUGAAAAACGCAGUAGGUUGUGGUUCCGAGAAGAUAUAAUUCAAGUGUUAGAAAAGAAUGCGGAAAAUAGUGAUAUUGAAAUCAUAUCUCUGGAUUGCGGCUCAUCUGAAGCAGCAAUAGAUUGGAACGGAAUGGCUUUCGGGAAGAUGAAAAGGCUCACGACACUUAUUAUUAAAAGUGAUAAUUUUUCCAAAGGCUCUAUAGAUUUUCCAAGUAAUUUGAGAGUAUUAAAAUGGCAAAAAUAUCACUUGCAGUGUAUUCCGUACUGUUUUUUCAACAAGAUGUUUGUGAAUAUAAAGGUUUUGAAAUUUGACAAUUGUGAAUAUUUAACACAAAUAUCAGAUGUCUCUUGUCUUCCAAAUUUAGAGAGUUUUUCAUUUGAAAAUUGUGAGAAUUUAAUUACAAUUCACAGUUCGAUAGGAUUGCUGAAUAAACUUGAGUUCUUGAAUGUCAGUGGUUGCAUUAAGCUCAAAAGUUUUCCACCAUUGAUGUUGGCUUCUCUUAAAAAACUGAAACUUUCACAUUGUAAGAGUCUACAAAGUUUUCCAGAAAUAUUAGGCAAGAUUGAAAAUAUAGAAGAUAUUGAUAUUCGGGAAACUUCCAUAGAGGACUUUCCCGUUUCAUUUCAAAAUCUCACCGGACUUAUUUCGAUAUCUAUAAAGGGACAUGGGGUGUUUAGGUUACCAAGUUUCAUUUCAAAGAUGCCAAAAUUCUCAAGUAUUUGGGUUCACCAAUAUCAUUUCAUAAUGCCAAGACAGUUUUCCACAAUGUCUUCAAAUGUGAAAUGGCUUUAUCUCUAUGAAAGCAACCUCUCAGUCUCAGAUGAAUACCUUCCAAUAGUUCUCACUUGGUUUUCUAAUGUGGAAGAAUUAAACCGAGUUGGAGUCAAUUUCAAAAUUCUUCCGGAAUGCCUCAAAGAACAUUGUCCUCUACAUGAACUUGGAUUGUUUAGUUGCAAGUCUCUUGAUGAAAUAAAAGGGAUUGGGCUAAAUCUUGUUAUUCUGUCUGCAUUAGACUGCAAAUCACUGAAUUCCUCUAGUAGAAGAAGUAUGCUAGGGAAUCAGGAACUACAUGAGGGUAGAACUACCCAUUUUUGUUUUCCACUAGGAAGUGAGAGGAUUCCGGAGUGGUUUGAGCACCGAAGCAUUGGACCAACGAGAAUUUCUUUCUGGUUUCGUAACAAGAUCCCUUCCAUAGCUCUCUUCUUUUCUACUAAAUGGAUGUAUGACCACAAUGAAAAGCUUCAGUUAAGAGUAAAUUUGUUCGUCAAUGGCGGCUAUAAAUAUACUUUUUCUCUUAAGGAAUUUACUGAGGUUUCCUUGUUAGAAACGAAUCAUAUAUAUCUAAUAUAUAUUGAUUUGGAAGAACUAGUUCACCGCUCGGAAAACUAUGAAAAACUUGAAUCUAAACUAAAAGAAGCACUUUUAAAAAAUGAAUGGAUCCAUAUGGAGCUUAAGUUAGAGAGCUAUUCGAAGUUAGCAGAUGAUAACGAUGAGAUGAGGAAAUCGCUCCAUACAAAAUUUGGAAUCCACGUGUUCAAAGAGGAAAACAACUUAGAAGAUAUCGAAUUCACCAAUCCUUAUAGAAAGAGAAAAUCAUAUUAA